AUGGGUUUGCUGGCGUUGCUCAGGAGUUUGCGGCCGAAGGAGACGAAAGAAUGCAGAAUUCUUUUACUAGGGCUUGAUAAUGCUGGAAAAACGACGAUUGUCAAGAAAUUCUCGAGCGAAGACAUCACGGAAGUCACUCCAACGCAAGGCUUCAACAUCAAAUCCGUCAAUACAAAUGGCUUCAAGCUGAAUGUGUGGGACAUCGGAGGACAGCGGCGAUUGAGGCCAUAUUGGUCGAAUUAUUUUGAAAACACAGAUGUGCUGAUUUACGUCGUCGACAGCGCGGAUAUUCGAAGACUUCAGGAAGCAGCAGAGGAAUUCGACGAGCUUCUUCAAGAAGAUCGCCUGGCAAAAGUCCCUUGUUUGGUUUAUGCGAACAAGCAGGACUUGGAAACCGCCGAGACUUCCGCCGACGUCGCCCGAGAACUGAAGCUGCACAAGUUGAAAGACCGCGCGUUUCAAAUCCAGCCAUGCUCAGCCAAAUCUGGCGAAGGUGUCAAAGAAGGCCUCGAAUGGGUCCUCAAGCAAGUCAAAAACGCGACAGCAAAGAAAUGA